UAUGAGAAGGACACAGAUGUUUACUAAACUCAGUGUCUUUGCAAAUAAAAAACUAAUUUGAACACACAGGCUGCAGACUCUGCAUUUUUCUGGGCAAUCAUUUUCCACAACAUAAAUUGGCAUCACAACAGGAUAGGAUAGUCUGCUGCUGCGACUGGCCCUGGGUAAAACUGUGGCUGGCCAGGCAUUUAAAAGGUGUGUGACACCAUACCAGGCCAGGUAAUGUUGUUGGAGUAACAAAACAACUGUGUAUUGCUGACUCACACAGUAAAUGCACGAUGACAGCCCUGCACCGCAAGAAAACUGCAACAACCUCAGCAUCUGAACUCAGAGUUGUGAUCUUUGGAAAGAGUCAAAAUGAACAGACGACACUGAGUGACUUCAUUGCUGGUAAAAGAGAUUGGAGGAAAAAACCCUUGACAGUAGUGAAAACAGCAAAUGUCUUUGCUAUGCAUGAAGGUAGAGUGAGACAUGAGAUGAAGAUGUGCGUCGCUCAGUGCCACCCAGGACCAAAUGUCCUGUUGCUGUUAGUGAAGCCGUCUGAUUUCACUGAGAGGGACAGACAAAAAUUCAAGUUUAUGGUGAGCCUUUUUGGACAAGAUGCUCUGAAACACUCAAUGCUCAUCUUAACACAAAACGACAGGGGAGAGAAUUCCUCAGUUAUGCAACUUGCCCAAGACUGUGGACAGAGGCAGCAAAGAAUCUACUUGGAUGAAAACCAUUUUCCUGACCAUGAUUUUCAAGAAUUUAUUCAAAAAAUGGAAACAAUAGUGAGUGAAAACAGGGGACAACAUUUAAACUUUACUGAAGAGACUGAUCCCGUGGUAGCACUUGAACGUCCGCAACCUCCUCUGAACUUGGUGCUGUGUGGGAGACAUGGAGCCUGGAAGAAUUCUGCAGCUAAUUCUCUUCUUGGAGAAAGAAGAUUUGGUUCACCUGCUGACACACCAGACUGUGAUAAAAGUGAAGCACAGGUGUGUGGACAGCGGGUUUCACUGGUGAAGCUGCCAGCCUUGUAUGGAAAACCUACAGAGGAAGCUAUGAAGGAAUCAGUCAAGUGUAUCUCUCUAUUUGAUCCUGAGGGAGUCAAUGCCUUUGUCCUGGUCCUACCUUUAGAUCCCCCAAGUGAGGAAGACAAGAAAGAGUUAGAGACCAUCCAGAACAUUUUCAGCUCUAGAGUUGAUGCUUUCACCAUGAUUCUUUUUACUGCAAACGCAUAUCCUAACUUUGCUGUGGUUGUGAGGUUUCUGCAGGAAAACAGAGACUUCCAGCAGCUCGUUCAGAGCUGUGGUGGACGGCAUGUCGUGUUCAACAUCAAGGACAAGCAGCAAGUCUCUGAGGUUUUACAUACUGUUGAAAAGAUGGGAACUGUGGGAUGCAGAAGCUUCACAAAAGACAUGUUUCCCAAGACUCUAGUAGUUACAAGACAUGCCUCUAUUUUAAACGCAGAAAGUUCUAAUUAUCACAGUCAACAGUUUCCAAAGACAUUGCAGAGACAAGAUUCUGUCAUGAUGAUGCAGAGUAGCGAGUCCUCAAGCAUAGAGCAGAGUAGAGAAUGUCUCAGGAUGGUGCUGAUAGGGAAGACUGGUUGUGGAAAGAGUGCCACUGGAAACACCAUUAUGGGAAGAGAAUGUUUCACUUCUAAAGUCUGUCAAAAGUCAGUGACCAGGCAUUGCCAAAAAGAAGAAGGAGAGAUUGAUGGCCGGCCUGUUGUUGUGGUUGACUCCCCUGGCUUGUUCGACACAAAUCUGUCAAGCAAACAAGUUCAACAGGAGCUUGUGAAAUGCAUCAACAUGUUGGCUCCUGGACCCCAUGUGUUCUUAUUAGUGCUGCAGAUUGGCCGCUUUACACAGGAGGAAAAAGUCACUGUGGAACUUAUCAAGAAGUAUUUUGGCAAGAAGUCAGAAGACUUCAUCAUUAUUAUUUUCACCAGAGGAGAUGAUCUUAAAAACCAAACAAUACAGAGUUACAUAGGGGAAGACACUGAGGGCUUUGUCCAAAAACUGACAACUGAAUGUGGAGGAAGAUACCAGGUCUUCAACAACAACGAUCAGGAGAAUCGUUCUCAAGUCGGCGAGCUGUUGACGAAGAUUGAGUCAAUGGUGAAGAAAAAUGGUGGAAGCUACUACACCUCAGAAAUGUUCAGAGAGGCGGAGGCAGCAGUACAAAAACAGAAAAAGAAGAUCAUGGAGGAGAAGAAACCAAAGAUACAGAUGGAGCAGAGGCAGCUUGAACAAAAACAUCAAGAAGAAAUGCAAAAGAAGAAAGACAGAAUAGCAGAACUAAUAACUGAAAUUGAUUGUGAUGAGGGAGCCAAAACAGUUGAAGAAAAGGAGGCAAGCAUAGAGAAGGAGCAGGAAAUGAGAGAAAUAGAAAACCGAAAAGAGGAGGAAAGAAAGAAGAAAAGGCAGGAGGAAAUUAAACGACAAGAGUGGGAACAUAACCUUGAAUCUUUGGACAAAGAAAUAAAACGUGGAACGGUAAAAAAGGCAACUGCUAACAGGAUAUUAAUACAGAGUAGAGAAAACAUGAAAAGAGAACGCGAGGCUUGGGAGCAGGAAAGAAGGGAAUGGUGGGAAAAACGAUAUCAAGAAGAGGAACUGAGACGAGCAGAGGAGCAAACAAGACUGAAAAAGCUUAGAGAAGCUUAUGACCAGGAACUGGAAAUAUACGAAAACAAAAGAAAAGAAGAUGCCAGACUCAGAAAAGAGCAGGAGGAAAGAGAACUGAAAGAAGUAGAAGAAAGCCACAAAAGGAAACUGGAGGAAUUAAGAAGGAAACAUGAAGAAGAGGCCAGAAAGGAAGCCGAGGAAUGUUCUGAGUUCAGACACACAGAUAUCAACAAUGUUUCAGCCGACAUGGAAAAGUACGAAAAGGAAAUAGAGACUCUGAAGCAAGGGACACAAAAACAAAAGGAACAGGUGAUAGAACGGCUGUGUAGAAGCAAAGCCUACCAGAAAGACUUUCAUAAAUUAAAGAAAAGACAAGAAAAAGAAAUGAAUGAGCUGAAAUUGAGACACUUUGACAACAGAGUAAAUCUGGGCGAAGACAUGAAUGAGCUAAAGAAACAACAUGAGCUGGAAAUAGAUCACUGGAUACAGGAAAAUGUGGGAAAAGCUAAUUGUCCAAUUCUAUGAGAUAUUUCAUUCAUGGUACAGUUUCAGCUGUAACAUAUGUUUUGGCAUCCAUAGUCGGCCAUUAUUGAGUUAUUCAGCCACCAUUUCUUUAUCUAACCAAUGUCAAACAAAGGUAACAAUAAGAUAAUAUGUAUAGUCUUAAGUGCAACUGUCUGAACAGAUACACUUGUCUAUGUAGUGGGUGCAUUUUACCACGUCAUUUCUUAUAUAGGAACAUGUGAUAAAAGCCAUAGAUGACACUUAUUGAUACACUGAUGCAUUUAAUGAGAAGUUUUAUUUUUAGUACAGUUUCAGCUGUAAAACUGUAGAAUAGUGUUUUGCUUUGUUUUUGUACAUAUCUGUGAACAGCUACAUUUAUCAUGUUAUUUGUAGAACUGAGGUUUAAUUGAUUAUAAUGGCAAAUUAAGUUGAACUUCUUGCAUUUUCAUCAGAGCUGCAACUAACCAACUAGCAGCCACCUGCACAGUGCCAUCUAGAUUUUAUUUUCCUUUUUUUCACUCAAUCACUCCCACAGCGACAGUGGGAUCAAUGAAGUUUGUAAAUAUUUUUUAUAUUUUUCAUUCUUUAGUUCAGUUAUGCUUAUGAUUUCAGGAGGUUAAUACUGUAUAUGUCAUUCAUCAUCACAUUUUAUGCAAACCAGGGGGCCUUAAUUCCUUGUAAACAUAAACAUUUCUAAAAUGUGUGAUUAAAGUGCUUGAGCUGUUA